UGCACACCUAGGAGCCGGGCGGGCUGCGGCUCCAGACUAGGGCGGUGCUCUGAGCACCUUCCCAGGAAAGCCGUGCUGCCACUUCUGGCUGGUGCCUCCCGAGAAAAGUCGUGGGACCAUGUCGAAUAUGGAGAAACACCUCUUUAACUUGAAAUUUGCUGCAAAAGAACUUAAUAGGAAUGCCAAGAAAUGCGAUAAAGAAGAAAAGGCUGAAAAGGCCAAGAUUAAAAAAGCCAUCCAGAAAGGCAACACAGAAGUUGCAAGAAUACAUGCUGAGAAUGCAAUCCGCCAGAAGAACCAAGCAAUUAAUUUUUUGAGAAUGAGUGCUAGGGUUGAUGCUGUGGCAGCCAGAGUUCAAACUGCAGUAACAAUGGGCAAGGUAACCAAGUCCAUGGCAGGUGUAGUUAAGUCUAUGGAUGCUACAUUGAGGAGUAUGAACCUUGAAAAGAUUUCUGCUCUGAUGGACAAAUUUGAACACCAAUUUGAAACACUGGAUGUUCAAACACAACAGAUGGAAGACACAAUGAGUAGCACUACAACCCUAACAACACCACAAAACCAAGUGGAUAUGCUGCUUCAAGAAAUGGCAGAUGAAGCUGGCCUUGAUCUCAAUAUGGAACUACCACAGGGUCAGACAGGUUCUGUUGGCACAAGUGUUGCUUCCACGGAACAGGAUGAAUUGUCACAGAGACUUGCUCGUCUGCGUGAUCAAGUGUAAUUUAAAGAACUGGUGUUUUUGUUGACUUUACUUGCUUCUGAAAUAUUUUGUGUGUAUAUGUAGAUAAAUUGCACUCCACUUACACUAAGAUCUCCUUACACUACAGAAUGCUUAAGCACUAUUUGUAUAUAAUACUUUCUUUUGCCUUGCUGUACUUUCCAAUACUUUAAGAAAUUCCAGAAAGUUUCCAUCUUGACAGAUUUUACAGUUUUGUAUAUUAUGUUGAAAAGUAUGAGGGACUUUUCUUUGUAGAUGUCUUUGACCAACCUAGUGUUAGCUUGUUGUAUAGGAAACCUCAUUCUCAAAAAUUACAUCAAAAAUCUAGCACCAAAGUACUACAGAAAAAAGUACUUUAUAUAGAAUAAAAUAUAGAAUAAAGGUUUUGGUUUCUUUUUAAUUCAAAGUAGUUUUAAAUCUUUGCCUGCAUACACAUGUGAUGCAUCAAAAUAAAAGAAGGGAAAACAUGUUUACUUAAUAUGUUUACAUAACCACAACACCUCAUUUAGCAUCAUACGUUGGGCAGUGCUGUUUUUUGUGUUUUAUGUUUGUGUUUGUUUUUGCUAUUCAAGCAGAAAUGGCGUUGACUUUUGAUCUGUGUUCAUUGGCUUUUAAAUUUAGAUUAUUAUUGGAAUUUUUACCCAGGGAUCUAAUGACUAUUAUUUGAAUUCCUUAAAUUAAAAAAAAAUUAUUUAUAAUUUUCCUAUAUAACUAAUAAAAAUCUGCAGCUUUAAAGAAAUUAAGGUUUUCUCCUUUUUUACAUUUUAUUUUUGCUAAAUAUCACUGUUGGUAAGACUCUCAAAGAAAUUUAAUCUUUCAUACUUUCACAUGAAAUUGAAACACAUUUUUAAUGGUUCUCCUAUUUCUACUCAACCCUUGUUAGGCUGUGUUUUAAAAGGAGGUUAAUUUUCAUGGCCUUAAUGUCAUUCACAUUUUCCAUAAGAUUGUUGAUUGGUUUACGAGAAUCUUGGCCUGUUUUUAAACCAACAAAAAAUAACAACAAAGAAAACAAAAUUGAAGCAAUUCAAAUUACAACUACUAUAAGUCCUGGUUAAAUGUGUUCAUUCUUUUAUCUUAAAAAACAACAACUCUUUAAUGACUGGAAGAAAUGAAGUGGAAAUGAAUAAGUUAGAAUAAAAUUUUUUACCGAGCCAUGUGAAUAACUUCCAGCUCAAUGGAAGUUGGGAGCACAACAUAGCGGGUAGAGGGAAAGAAAAGUCAAAAGGUUGUAAAGACUAGACUCUGGAAGGACAGAAUCUGUGGGGAGAAGCAUUUGAUGACUAACUGUAUUACUUGCCAUCUCCCCAGGAAUAUCUAUAUUUUACCCAAUUAAAAUGAACAAAUUAACAUGUUCCUGCAAUUUUCUGAUACAGUGGUCUCAAAUGUAGAGAAGUGACCAAGUUAUAUUUUAGCAAGUAUACUACUAAUCCAGGUUAAAGUAGGUAAGGUGUUUUUCCUUACUACAUGAUUGAGCCAUGAAAUAAUUCCAAUAUUUCAUAAAGUUCUAUUGAAGAGUACAUCUGUUCAGAAAAUCUUUUCAUUGUAAGUCAUGAAGGCAAUCAAAGUGAAAUUAUGGAGAUACUUUUUUUUGCUAAAUAUUCACCAUUCAUAUAUGAUGUUUCCUACUGUAAAUGAGAGUGUGUAUAAAUGAAGAUUAUUUUCACUGGUUAAUGAAAUGAGAAAUUAUUCUUUUGCUAAGUUUGAGUUAAACCUAUGUAACUUUCUUGGUACUUGACUAUAUGGUGUGACCUCAAUGUGGUAAUCUUCCAUUUUGUUUAUAAUUGAUGCUUUAUCCUUUCUACUUAAGCAUCCUGGGGAGCCAUAGAAGAAAUUAUUACAGACUAAAAUAUCUAUGAAAUAGAGAUUUCUUAUUUCCCAUUGGUGAUAAUUGUAGCUUUUGUUCUUGUGAAUAAAAAUUGUUAAAUUGUGAA